AUGGCUCCUCUCUCCAUUGUGUUCUGUAAUGGGGUAAACCAUGAGCUGAUCCUGCUAGCUGUGUCUGUGUCGUCAGUGCUGUGUCUGUCGUCAGUGAGAGAGUUACCAGUCCAGGUGAGGGAGCUGUAUGGUCAGGGCUUUGUCCUGGUGGCUGUCCAUCCCUUCGUCCACCCCUGUGGCCCCAGGCCCGCACGCAUCCAACGCCAGCUACACAGAGCCGUCCUCAUCAGAGAGACGCACUGUUCAGAGAAGACCCAGCUGAAGUGGGCGGGCCGUCGCCUGGAGGCAGAUGUGUGUCUGGCGGGUCAACUGGCCCCCGACCCGGAUGUCAUCCAGAACUACGUGAAGAAGAUCCAGGAUGCAGCGGAGCAGGGUGUUCUGUUUGUGGGCUUCCUGCAGCAGCCUGGUGGGGGACCUUGUUUCCUGGGGAACAUGGACCCUGAAGACCUGUCCUCUCUGCACUCCAGCCCCUCCCCCAUACGCAGACACCCCGCCAGUACCACUGUCAGUACCACGGCCAGCCCCUCAGAACCCACUAUACCAGACCUCAUCUCUACAGAGUCUACGGAACCCCACCAGAAUCUCUUAGAACCAGAACACGACCGGAACACAGGAGUGAAAACACCAGAAUACAAGUCGGUAGAACUCAGAACAAUUGAACAGAAUCCUACAGAUACCAGUCAGGUGGAGCUGGACUGGAGCUCAACAGAACUGGUAGAGAACACGCAGGACUGUUCUGAAGUAGAAUCAACAGACAGGGAACACAAUCACAGUCCAGUCAGAAUACCCUCAAUAGAGGAUCAACCAAACCAUAGUCCAGAUGAAGCAGCAGACCCACCAGAGAGACUGCAGAGUCCCAGCCCUAUAGAUCCAGCCUGUGACUAUCACAACCAUGUCCCAACUGAACUCAGUAGCGACCAGGAUCAACUACAGUCCUGCAGCCCAAUAGAUCCAGCCUGUGACCAUCACAACCAUGUCCCAACUGAACUCAGUAGCGACCAGGAUCAACUACAGUCCUGCAGCCCAAUAGAUCCAGCCUGUGACCAUCACAACCAUGUCCCAACUGAACUCAGUAGCGACCAGGAUCAACUACAGUCCUGCAGCCCUAUAGAUCCAGCCUGUGACCAUCACAACCAUGUCCCAACUGAACUCAGUAGCGACCAGGAUCAACUACAGUCCUGCAGCCCUAUAGAUCCAGCCUGUGACCAUCACAACCAUGUCCCAACUGAACUCAGUAGCGACCAGGAUCAACUACAGUCCUGCAGCCCUAUAGAUCCAGCCUGUGACCAUCACAACCAUGUCCCAACUGAACUCAGUAGCGACCAGGAUCAACUACAGUCCUGCAACCCAAUAGAGCCCACAUGUAUAGAGAGACAACAGAAUGAAAGCCAAGUAGACUUCAUCAGGACUCUACUACCAAACUUCAGCCCAGCAGAGUUAACACAUGGACUUGGUGGUCCAGAUGCAGACAGACGGCACCAGGGAGACAGACAGAGUCCAAGCCCUGAGACACAGAACCAGAGACAGAUACCAAAACAGGACCAUGGCACAGACAACCUGGUCCGGUCACCAGAACUAGACAACGGCGACCGCGGGUCGGAAUCCUGGACUGAGAGGGAGUGCAACCAUGGAAACAGGGGUACGGGGGGUGACCUGGAUAAGUAUCAGAGAAGCAGCAGAGUCCCGCCCCACAACAACAACAAUCACAUUCGGGUCAAGAGUCCAGACAGAGAUAAGAGGGCUGUGGGGUCUCCACCAGCACAGAGCAGAGGGCAGCUGUUUGCCCUGUACAACCACACAGGGGAGCUGUCCAGCUCUCUGAGGUCUUACUCCCUUAGGGUUCCACUGGGGCUGCAGAGAGAGGCGGGGCUAGUGACAGAGGUCGAUGCCCACUGGCUAGAUCACAUGACCCAGCAUUUCAUCAGUGGAGCUCGCCUCAUCGACGGUUUCUUUCACCUUGGAGACGACAAUGACAGCGGGGUCUUCUCUGUGGACAUUGUGUUCAUCUUUCAGAGCUCCUCAGAAGAAACCCCACCCACUUCAUACGACGCCAUCGUGGUGGAGCAGUGGACCAUUGUCGAUGGUGUAGUGGUAAGGACUGACUACAUUCCCUUGCUCCAGUCUCUGGCUCCCUAUGGCUGGAGACUGAUGUGUGUUCUGCCUACUCCCAUCGUUAAGACCAACAGUGAUGGCAGCUUGUCCACUAAGCAGAUCCUCUUCCUCCAGAGACCUACCCUGCAACGCAAAAGGAAAGACUUCAAGAAGUUGAACCUCAGGGGUCGGAACAAGGCGAAGAAAAACUCUGCCGGAGAAAUGCUGAAAGAGGAGAGAAAGAACAUGUCCCCAGUGAUGGAGAGAGGGAUGGAUGAACAGAAGAAAAACACGGAAGAGGAGGAGAGCGAGGCGAGAAGAAACUGGGACAACAACAGAAAUGAGAAAGGGAGAACCGUAGAGAGAGGAGGACUCAAGAGAGAAGAGGAGGAGAGAGAGUGUGAGACAGAAUCUCAAGAAGACUUCCCCCAGGGUACAGAGGGUGUGGCCACAGACCUCAACCAGGAAGUAGAGUGGGAGAAUGGCAAAGUCCCAUUGGCCAGACAGGAGAAGGCUGUUAGAUUUGUGUAUGUCAAUCAGAAGAAUGAUGAAGUGAAGUCAGAGAAGAUCACACAGCAGCUGAGUGAAAGAGCGCUGUUUUCUGGAGUAUGUUAAUUAAGAACUGACAGAUAGAAUCUGUGCACAAUAAAGUGUCAGAGGAGGAGUGCUGGGGUGUAUUCAUUAUGGCGAUUCUGUUGCUAAACAUUUUGCAAACAGAAAUUGUUUGCUCCAAACGGAAAACGUUUUGCAACGGAAACAAGUUUCUAUUGGACAAAAUCAGGUAGGUCCCUCCCCAUUUCAUUCCACUUCCUCGGUUUGCUUCCGUUUGGUUCUUAAACGGUUUCCGUUAAAGGACGUAAUGAAUGCCCCCAUGAUCUAGGUUCAGUUCUAUCUCCUAAAUCAUAAUGAAUAAGCAGGGGUAACUGAUUCUAGAUCAGCACUCCUACUGUGAGACGCUUUGUGAAUACAGGCCCUGACCUGGGUUCAAAUAGUAUUUGAGUUUGCAUGGUGCCUUGCCUGGAUGGAACCAAUGGAAUAUUUCCAAACCCAGCCCACAUGACACUCUAGGCAGGCUUGCAGAAAUUUUAAGAUUUCAAAUUAUUUAGUCCCAGGACUGGAAUUAAUAAAUAUACAGUAUGACAGAAGAUGAAGAACUAUGUGUAUAUUCUAAGAACAAGUAGCUCAUCAAUGGAAACCAAGGAACUUACCAGAAUGGUGAUUUAGUUCAAAGCCUUUAUAUUCCUGGUAUUGUCAUAUAUAUAGAUUUCCAUAUGGUUCUGUGUAUGUUCAUAUGGACUGCUUCCAACAUGUAAUGGCUUCAAUCAGCCUUCAAGGCACACAUUUGACCUGUUGCCUCAGAUGUUGUCAUGUGGAGUAGGGUGAAGUUGCCCCUAGACUCUGAUUUUGGGUCAGUUUAACAUUUCCUCCACCAAUGGUUAAGGUUAGGAUUGGGGCAGGGAAGCUGAUCCUAGAUCUGUACCUAUGGGAAACUUCACCCCAGAGUGUUGUAAUGUACUAGCCUAUUAGGCAUUAAUAUAUGGACAUGCAUUUGUACAGUUGUUAUGCAUCUGCUUUUGGCUAGUGUCAUUGGUUCAUGUAAUGGCCAAUGAGAAUGCGCACAUAAUGUAGGUCAGGAUUUUGAGGUAAGAGCUUUAAUUGCCAUGGUAACAUCAAUGUUUUUCUCCUACCUAUGGAUCACUGUAUCAAAGAAUACUGUACAUUUGAGUAGAUACUCUAUUUAACCCAUUAUAGUCAAGGUCUAUGGCCCUGAGUGAGUACUUAAUCUGCAUAUCAUGAUUGGUUCCACUGCAUAGCUUUCACCUAUCAUGUGUCAGGUCAGUGAUUAUACUUUACGGAAGGGAUUUACGGAGUACGUUUUAGGAAUAUUUGUACGCCACCAUAGUCCCCUUUCUGCUCUGGAAGUGUGUUGUGUGAGUGGUGUGGUUAGCAAGUCUUUGGUAGUAUCCCAAAUGGAAACAUAUUCCCAUUCAGGGCUGGUAAAAAGCAGUACACUAUGUAGGGAAUAGGGUGCUAUUUGGGAUUUAACCUCCUGACAGACAAACAGGAGGAAUAAACAGUUCU